AUGUUUCAGCCGGCGCCCAAACGCUGCUUCACCAUCGAGUCGCUGGUGGCCAAGGACAGUCCCCUGCCUGCCUCGCGUUCUGAGGAUCCCAUCCGUCCCGCGGCGCUCAGCUACGCCAACUCCAGCCCAAUAAAUCCGUUCCUCAACGGCUUCCAUUCGGCCGCUGCAGCCGCCGCCGCGGGCAGGGGCGUCUACUCCAACCCGGACUUGGUGUUCGCCGAGGCGGUCUCACACCCGCCCAACCCCGCCGUGCCGGUGCACCCGGUGCCGCCGCCGCACGCCCUGGCCGCCCAUCCCAUACCCUCCUCGCACUCGCCACACCCCCUCUUCGCCUCGCAGCAGCGGGACCCAUCCACCUUCUAUCCCUGGCUCAUCCACCGCUACCGGUAUCUGGGUCAUCGCUUCCAAGGGAACGACACAAGUCCCGAGAGUUUCCUUUUGCACAACGCUCUGGCCCGAAAGCCGAAGCGGAUCCGAACCGCCUUCUCGCCGUCCCAGCUUUUAAGGUUGGAGCACGCCUUCGAGAAGAAUCAUUACGUGGUGGGAGCGGAAAGGAAGCAGCUGGCGCACAGCCUCAGCCUUACGGAAACUCAGGUAAAAGUAUGGUUUCAGAACCGGAGGACGAAAUUCAAAAGGCAGAAGCUAGAGGAAGAAGGCUCAGAUUCUCAACAGAAGAAAAAAGGGACACACCACAUUAAUCGGUGGAGAAUUGCCACCAAGCAGGCGAGUCCGGAGGAAAUAGAUGUGACCUCAGACGAUUAA